GGAGGCGGCGGCAGCAGCAGCAGCAGCCGCCCGGGGCUUCGGCCGCUCGCUCUCUCGGCGCUGCCAUGGCUGCGCUCCGCUCCGGCCCGGCCUGGUGGCGCCUCUUCUCCUUGGCCGUGCUCGGCCCCGUCCUCUGCGGCCGGCCGGGGCGGGCUGAGCCGGAGCCGGGCCCGGACGCCGGCUCGGCGGAGGCGGACCCGCACGGGCGGCACCUCUACAGCGCCGAGAUGCUGCGGCACGGCGCCGCCGCCGCCCCCCACUUCGUCAUGUUCUUCGCCCCGUGGUGUGGACAUUGUCAGCGUCUCCAGCCAACUUGGAAUGAUUUGGGAGAUAAAUACAACAACAUGGAAAACCCACAGGUCUAUGUCGUUAAAGUGGAUUGUACUACAGAUACUCCACUGUGCUCUGAAUUUGGCGUCCGAGGAUACCCUACCCUAAAGCUGCUUAAACCAGGACAAGAACCUCUGAAAUACCAAGGCCCUAGGGACUUCCAAGCCCUGGAAAACUGGAUGUUGGAGAAACUAAAUGAGGAACCACCUGAUCCAGAAUCUGAUGUGGAACCACCAAAAACCCCUGAACCUAAGCAGGGAAUGUAUGAACUCUCAGCAGACAAUUUCAAGAUGCACAUAGCAGAAGGUAAUCACUUUAUCAAAUUCUUUGCCCCUUGGUGUGGUCAUUGCAAGGCUUUGGCCCCAACCUGGGAACAGCUGGCUCAAGCCUUUGAGGAUUCGGAAACUGUCAAGAUUGGCAAGGUCGACUGUACCCAGCAUUACGAAGUCUGCUCUGAAACCCAAGUUCGUGGCUAUCCCACACUCCUCUGGUUUAGGAAUGGUGAAAAGGGUGACCAGUACAAAGGGAAGAGGGACUUUGAUUCCUUAAAGGAAUACGUGGAUUCCCAACUACAGAGCUCUGGGAAAGAGCCACCAUCAGAUAAACCUGCCGAAGCCCCACAGCCACCCACAGAACCCACCGGUGUUGAGGCUGCAGUGCUCGCUCUCUCUGAAAAAGACUUUGAUGCAACCAUUGCUAGGGGGAUCACCUUUAUUAAAUUCUAUGCUCCAUGGUGUGGUCACUGUAAGAACUUGGCUCCAACUUGGGAGAACCUUGCCAAAGAGCAAUUUCCAGGUUUGACUGAUGUCAAAAUAGCAGAAGUAGACUGCACUGUGGAACGUAACGUCUGCAACAGAUUUUCUGUACGUGGUUAUCCUACACUUCUGCUUUUCCGAGGUGGAAAGAAAGUCAGCGAACACAAUGGAACGAGAGACCUUGAAUCACUGCAUAGCUUUGUCUUGCGUCAGGCAAGGGAUGAAUUGUAAUAAAAGUCUGGAUGCUCCGUC